AUCUACCACCUCCAGAACAUCUACAGCUAUGGCACUGCAACCCUCUCUCAGACCUCUUAACGUGGCUGGCAAAAUCGAUGCCCCUCACACCCUUGACAUCUUCUUGGACUAUGUCUGCCCUUUCAGUGCCAAGAUGGCUCUUGCCAUCGAGAACAUCUUGAAGCCUUUGGUAGAACAAGGCGGGCAAUACGAGGGGAAAGUCAAAGUGAUCUUCCGUCUCCAAGUCCAGCCCUGGCAUUCUGCGUCUACGUUGACUCAUGAAGCUGCUUUGGCUGUCCUCCGAGCUUCACCAGAGAACUUCUGGACUUACAGUCUCGCCCUCUUCAAGAACCAAUCCGACUACUUCGACAUCCCCACCGCCAACCUCACACCCCUCCAAAUCCGCGAGAAGCUCGUCGCCCUCGCGGCACAAGUCAUCCCCGCAGACGCAGUCCAGGACGUCAGAGAGCUCCUCAAGCUGAAGGGGUCUGCUAACGGCGGAGUGGCGGUUACUGAUGACCUCAAGUAUAACAUCAAGUUUGCACGACAAAACAGCAUCCACGUCUCGCCUACCGUUCUCUGGGACGGUCUCGUCGCUGGAGAAAUCUCGAGCAGCUGGGGCGAAGAAGAGUGGAAGAAGUUCUUGAAGACCAAGGUCAUCGUUUAACCGAGAGCCAAGUACUCCAGAAAGCGACGAAAACGGACGAAGGAGGGGGAAGAAGUAAGGAAGAAGUAAAAGCGAAGGGAAAGUCAAAGUCGAAGAUCGAAAAACAAUGUACAACAGAACUCAACAUACAAGUACAAUGC